AUGGCUACCAGAACUCAAUUUGAAAACUCCAAUGAAGUAGGUGUCUUCUCCAAGUUGACAAACUCAUACUGUUUGAUUGCCGUCGGUGGAUCAGAAAAUUUCUAUUCUGCCUUCGAAGCCGAACUAGGAGAUGUCAUCCCUAUGGCUCACACAACCAUUGCUGGUAACAGAAUUAUUGGUAGAAUGACUGCCGGUAACAGAAGAGGUUUGUUAGUUCCAACUCAGACUACUGACCAGGAGUUGAUGCACAUCAGAAAUUCUUUGCCAGAUUCCGUUCAGAUCAAGAGAGUCGAAGAAACUUUGUCGGCUUUGGGAAAUGUCAUCUGUUGUAACGAUUAUGUUGCUUUAGUACACCCAGAUAUUGAAAGGGAAACUGAAGAAAUAAUUGCUGAUACUUUGGGUGUUGAAGUUUUUAGACAAACUAUUGCUGGAAAUGUUUUAGUUGGUUCAUAUUGUGCUUUGUCCAACCAAGGUGGGUUGGUUCACCCUCAAACUUCUGUUCAAGAUCAAGAAGAAUUGUCGAGUUUGUUACAAGUUCCAAUAGUUGCAGGUACCGUUAACAGAGGUAGUUCUGUUGUUGGUGCUGGUAUUGUGGUAAAUGAUUGGUUAGCAGUUGCCGGUUUGGAUACAACUGCUCCAGAAUUAAGUGUUCUUGAAAGUAUUUUCAAGUUACAGGAUAACCAACCAAACGCUAUUAACACCAACUUGCGUGAUACUUUGAUCGAAACUUACUCCUAA